AUGAUUCUGAAAAUAAUAGUCAUCCUGGCAUUUCAGUCUCUGUGUCACGGAGCAACAUUCCCUAGUGGUUGUACCUACGAGGAAUAUACAAAAGCAAUAGGUGUUUAUUCUUGUGACUUUACAAAUGCAACAUUUCCCGUCGCGCUUGGAUCAUUUUCGAGUCCAAACCCACAACGACUGAAAAUCACAUUUUUCACGGGUAACUUGGUAAGUGCCAGCGUCUUCUCGGGAUUCAAUGCCUACGAUGUCUCCACGUUUGAUACAAACUACAAAGCCUCGCUUGAAAUUUCCUGCGCCACUUCGGGUACACUUGGGCUUGCUACAACCUCCUUUUCCGACAUGACCUAUAUCCAGGAAUUACGACUCGUGGGUUGCAAUCUUAACAACGGGAUCCCAGCCAACACAUUCAAUGGGAUGCAGUUAGAUUACCUAGAAAUCGACAGGGGGAUCAUCGCCUCAACGGAUGCAUCAAGUCUUGCUGGCUUGACCAUUCAGAGACUUGCCAGCGUUCCCAACCCUAUCGGAGGCUUCACGAUAAAGAAUGCCCAACUGACCGCCGGAGAGCUGGCCACCAAUUUCUUUUCUCCUAUCACUAGUGUGGUAUCAAUCACCGUGGACAAUGCAAAUCUCGUCAAUUUGACCACCGGAAUGUUUUCUUCAAAUACUGCUGUACAAACCAUCAACUUGUCCCGGAAUAAAUUCACCAAGGUCUCCUUCGAUCUUUUCAAUGGUUUGACGUCCCUCACCUCCAUUAACAUGACGUACAUCGACUGGGAGUAUAUGAAAUGGACCCAAUAUUAUUUCAAUGAGUGUGAAAAGAAAGAUUUUUGCUUUGGAGUUCCAGGCGUCGUGUCCGGAAUCUUCUGUUAUCAGUGGCAUCAGAUUUUAUUCUACUUUCUCCUGAUGAUUGCUUUCGUUGUAUCCGCAAUUGCUGUGUUCAUCGUGGUGAAUGUUCGACGAAAGAUGAUGCAGAUUAUCCGCGAAAUCGAGGCUAAGAAAAGGAAAGCUUACCGCAAGGUCAAAGAGGCGCUUGUUCGAGGAAGAGAUGGCCAGCACGCGCCCGCAUCGACCACCAUGGGUGGCAUGAAGGAACGAAAGUGGAUAGAAACCAUCGUGCCAUAG